CAAAUCAGUGUGAUUGGUGUCGCAGAGCAACAAGCAAGACGUGUUUUCCUGUGAAAUAAGAGAAGAGUUUUAAUUAUAUUUUAGACUAUUAAUUACGGCUUAAAUGUCAAGUCCGCAAGAGUGUAAACUCAAGGGUGGGCACCCUCCUGCAGUGAGAGCAGGCGGUAUGAGAAUCACCCAGCAUAAAACAUCGAAAGACGAUCACGAAAUAAAACCAAUUAAAGAUGCGGAUGAAAGUAAACCAUCGAGUAGUCCACCUAAAAGACUGAUGAUUAGUGGAGUGCCUGCAAAGGGAAAUGCAGAUUUUCCUCCAGAAGCUGUACAAGUCUUCCACGAAAAGCCUAUACCAACUCAUGUUGUACGUCCAAUUCAUUGUUCACGUCCCAUAAUCAUCCAACAACCAAGGAAGUGAAUGUUACGCAUAUUGUUUACCAGCUAAAGGCUAUUGGAAGAAACAUUAGCCUAUAUACUUAUUCGGUAAAUUAAAAAGAAAAAAGAAGAAAAAAAGAAAUGACAAAUAUCUAUAUGUGUGUGUACUUAAAAGUUUCUUUGAGAUACUAAGACUUUGUAUGUUUACAAUCUCCUAAACAUACAGUCUUUCAUCCAAGGAACUAUAAUUUCAUGCAGUAUGAAACAAAGUACCACACGAGAGUUUAUUACUGUUAAGAAAAAAAAAAUUUUAUCUUUAAUGAAGUGUCAGAAGAUUCCUGUAUCGGCAUUUAAACGAACGAUUUACUCUGUUUUUCCGAAGUAUCGUUCGUUCAAACACAGCACUUAGAUUAGAUUGUUAUAUGAUAGCAUACUCUUAUCUCAAUUUAUAUGGUAGAAUAUCUGUAAUCGUUUUCGGGACCAGUACGCAUUUCAAGUUGUGUAAUAUUUGAGAAAGCUAUAAAUUUUGAUUUUCCAAUUUAUGCAUUUUCACUCUUAGUGUAUUCUAAAUAUUGUAAAAAUUCCUUUGAUUAUCGUAUAUCGAUUAUGUAGUUUUUCAGUGCGAAAAAGAAUUAUAUUGUUUAACAAGCGUAACUAUUAAGCGUGUAAAUGUCGAACAAGAUUCAUAACGUUGGCUACAGUUUGUACAAGACUCGAAAAAAAGAAUAUAC